ACUGCUGGCAUUUAUGAAGCCAACUAAUUGCACUCCUCCCCCGCCCAUCAAUCCAUGACAGACAACAAGGCCAGCAACCUGCGAACAUUGAGCAAUAACAUAUGGGCCGAGAACCAAGAGAGCUCACCGCCACCUACUCCGCUGUACUCGGGAAGCGGCACUCCAGGAGUGUUGAAUUCCUCAAAAACUGUCUCAAUGCCCAUUCCAGCAAUGGACUCUGAUCACGAGCCCAAGACAGACCCAAUGCACAUUCCAGCAAUGGACUCUGAUCACGAGCCCAAGACAGACCCAAUGCACAUUCCAGCAAUGGACUCUGAUCACGAGCCCAAGACAGACCCAAUGCACAUUCCAGCAAUGGACUCUGAUCACGAGCCCAGGACAGACCCAAUGCACAGCCAGCCAGCUGCUGAGCAGUCCCAGAGCCAUGCAUCGACGGAAUAUUCUAGCGCGAUGGAUGCACACGAAGACGAAUGCCAAAUGGAGAUCAUCGAACAGAAUCGUCAACGUGACAUUGAGAGAAAAUACCAGACGCUGAUAUCCAUUCAAACGGAUUUUGUGCAAUCAUUGGAGUCAUUAGAGCCGCACGAGUCCCAAAUGCUUGACAGCUACAAAUUUCUGCCGCUUGUGUUCGACGAGAAGAGCAAGAAGAGUCUGGUCAAAAAUGAUGAUUCGAUACUGAAUUUGCCCACUGAGAGUGUGCAAGAUCUUAAGGAUCGUUGCCACGCGGCCGUUGAUUCGGGCUUCAUGCUGCUCUACGAUCAAGUGGAGGACGUCCAGUUGGCCAACGAUGAGUUCGAGGCGUCCCAACAGAAAGAUAAGCUGCUGGUCAAGCUGAAGGCUCUGCAGCUUCGAAAAAUGGCCAACAUCGUUGAGAAUAUCGAUCUGGUGUGUGGAUCAACCAUCGGGCAACAGGAUGCGCACAACAAGCAUAUCUACCGCGAAAUAUACAAGCUGCGCAAACAGAAGGAGUUCAUGGAGUCGCGCAUUCUAAAUAUCACCAAGGAUCACAGCGAGCAGUUGUAUCGCCUGCAGGCGGCUCUCGAGGAAAAGCUAAAGGCGAAGCAGUCAGAAUUGGCGAAGCUGCAGCAGCUGCUGUCGGAGUGCGAGGCACAAAGAGACGAGCACGCAUGCCGCCUGGAGACACUGAAUAAAUCUCUGAGGAGCAAGGACAACACCAUCGAAUCGGUAAUGGCCGAAUCGAACAAGCAAAUGUCUCUCAAUGUGGAUCUGGAGCAUCUGUUGGAGGAGGCGAGUGCCGAGCUGGUCCGGACACGGAAAGAGGUCGAAAAUAGCAGGGAGCAUAUCGCGUUUCUGGAGAGCGAGUGGAAGGAGAACCGCAAACAUCGAUCGGAGGAUGACGAGCAGGACAAGCAACACGAACAGGAGGAGAAGGGCACGCUGCCGCUGUUCCCAUUGCCAACGUGCGGCAUUAGUGUGCAGCAGGUGCUCUCAGAUCUGGAGCAUGUCAAGUCGCAGCUGUACAAGUCCCAGAAGCUGGUAGGCGAGCUGAGGGCACGGUCGAAUCGCGACCAAACGAUGAUAUGCAACUACACCGAUGAACUGAACAGCUGUCGCGUGAAGGAUGUUGAAAGCCGAAGGACCCAUCACACACUUUAUUUGGAAACAGCCGACAAGGACAUGCAGAUCAGUGAGAUGCGCCACAAGCUGGACGCAAAGGAGGAGCAGCUGUGCCAUGCCUUUGGUAAGCUGGACAAACAGGAGCAGGAUAUCAGACGCCUGGAGGAGUUUAAAAAGGUGGCCAUGGAGGAGAACGCUCGCAUCGCACAGGAAAGGCAGAGGCAACAGGAGGCCAAAAACGAAGGCCAACAGAAGAUCGAAAAACUAAAGCAGGAGCUUCAGCAAUUUGUAGAUUUUCUUAUUUACAAGGGCAAACCGCCAGCUAUAGUUGAUGGCCUCAUCCACGUAUGCAGCAUCUGCGGCUGCAUACAUCAACGAAAUCUGGAUCCACAGAUGCGCAUUCAGAUUCAGUCGCAGAUGGAUGCAUCUCAGGCAUCGCAUGGGGUCUACUUUGAGGCGCUGCAUCAUCAGCUAGCCAAGCAGCAGCAGCAGCAGCAGGAGCAGCGCAACGAUCCGAUGCAGCAGCAUGAGUGCCAUACAUUCGGCCAAACAACACCCCCCUAAAAAAUUCCACAAGGGAUUCCAAGAGCAUCCAACAUUCAGUUCAGAAGCAAUCCUUUUGGCACCAUUGCAUACAAAAUCAAACCUGCACAGAGAUGCCCAACAGCAGGCCAAGCGUAACCAUCAAACGAGGCAUCGUCAGUGCCUCAAGUAAUCCAAAUAGCUCCUUCACUUUUUGCAAGAGAUCAGAGAUUAGAGAUUCCUUUAAAU